AUGAUGGUGUUGAAUCGAUUGGCGGUCCUGCUGUUGCUGGGCGCCCAAGUGGAGGUCGCCAGUGGAUCAUUCGUGGUCAAUUACAUGGCCGAGUUUACGUAUUUUCGAGGAUUCUUUUGCUUCGGCCCGGACCCAGUGCUAAUGGCCGUCUGCGAGAACGGUCAAAUCGAGGCUGGGGAGACGUUGCCGGAAGAAAUUGUUUGUGAACUCGUGGAGGAUUCGAAUGAUCUCCCACUAGAUGCUGCUUCUGCCGUACGCUGCACCAUGGGCAGCUGCGACGGGGAGUCUUCUUGCAGUGAUGAUUCUUGGAGAACCAUUAGUGAUCUCAGUAACGGGAACUUUGGCGUGAUUCACUAUACUUGCACGGGAGAGACGGCCCAAGACGUGGGAUCCUACUUUGCCUACCUCAACGAAGGAACCGGAGGUUGUGCAGCUUCUACUAGUAUUUGGCUCGACAACUUCAACUUCCACGUCGCUCGAUUGAGUGUUUGGUGCCCGCCUUUUGAAGGCGUUGAGGACUUUGUCAACGAGGAUACCUUCACGGAAUGCUCACAAGGGUUUGCUAGGCCCGAAAUCCUCUAUUCAGGACCGUUUGAUGCCCUGAACUGUAUCUCGGGAGACAACUGCGAGUUCAGCAGCUGCGACGAAGUCGACUAUGGAGAUCUCAAAGUGCUUGCCAGUCCCCACAUGUAUGAGCACUGCAUCCAAUCUGACGCUGUGGUUCCGCAGAUUCAGGAGCCCCAAGUCGAGCCUGCGCCGAUGCCGGGCACCUAUUCUGCGACGUUUGCCGCUUCCUUUGGUUUCUUCAUGGUAGAUGAUGAGUAUUGGUUCGACAAAUCUGGUUUGUGCAGCGCCGAGACGCCCACUACAUCCCUCAGGAUCGUCUGCGAACAAGGUGGGACGAUCUCUUUCCGAGAUUCUUCCGCCCCCACGAUGACUUGCGAUCAUGACGGAACUGAUACCAGUGCCUUGAUCUGUCAAGACACAGAACCCCUUAGCAGAGGGGAUUCGAAUUUUGGCACAGAUACCUCGACCUACUACAACUACUUCCAGCAAAUCGAAUAUGAGUGCUCCACUGAAGACUUUUAUCCUACCACAACCAUUACCUAUGAGCAGGAAGAGCUGACAUGCUUGGAUUUCUAUAGUACGGAUACCUUCGUGCGCCAUGCGCUUCAGCUCGGAUUGUACUGUGGCGGUCAAUUUACAGGACAGUAUUACUACGAAGACACAUUCGCGGAGUGCCAAGACGCUGAAAACGAAUUUAUCUAUCUCGACGAAGACGCCGAUCGCUAUAUUAUCGGAGAGGAGCCCCGCUUUACAUGCCUGGGCGUGCCUGAACUAUUGGACUACGAAAGCUACCAGUAUGACCGGGAAGCUGAUGGCGACUACAACGAAUGGAUGGAGAAUAGAGGAAUCCAAGCUACGAUUACGUCUCUUACGAUUCAGUCGGAGGCAACAUAUCGAUUUCCGGGAACCGAUGCUGCUAAUUGCCUUGACUUUACUGCUUCCUCUUCGUCUUCAGCGGCUUCAGCCGCUGAAACGCCUUCGGAGAUGCCCACUACCCCGAACAAUGCCACGGGCACUUGUACUGACACUCCCAAUUGGGCUGACAGCGCUAACGAUACUUGCACAUGGUAUGAGGACGGAGACAAUUGUGCCGUAUAUGGGUCCGGCAAUGCUGGAGCCGAUGGAACCACUGCGGCUGAGAGCUGCUGCGUCUGUGGAGGCGGGACCAUGGUCUCGUCGGUGGUCAAGUCUGGGAAAAAGUGGUACGAUUGGUUGCCUGGUGAGUCCGGAUUUGGAUUCUAA